CCUACACGAACUAAGCCAACCACCUGUCUUGUUAUACUUCUAAAAUAUCACACAACAAACACACUCUCACUCUCACUGUUAUACCUCUUUCCUUCAACCAUGUUUUCUUAUAUAUACAACACCUUACUCUCAACUCUCUUAAAACCAACUCUCUCUUCCAUUCCAACUUUCCUCUCAAUACCUUUUUCCAAUCUCUCCAACGACACAUAAAGAUGUUUAUUAGUAACAACAACUCUUUCAAUUCAUACCCCAUUUCCGAGGAGGUGCGGUUAGCAGCUAGUACUCCGAAGAAGCCUGCAGGGAGGAAGAAAUUCAAGGAGACUCGCCACCCGGUGUAUAGGGGUGUGAGAAAGAGGAACCUAGAUAAAUGGGUUUGCGAAAUGAGGGAGCCUAACAAGAAGACUAGAAUUUGGCUAGGGACUUAUCCAACCGCCGAGAUGGCUGCCCGUGCUCACGAUGUUGCUGCAAUGGCGUUGAGAGGCCGAUACGCCUGUCUCAAUUUCGCUGAUUCAGUCUGGAGGCUUCCGGUUCCUAUAACCACUGAUACAAAAGAUAUACAAAAGGCGGCUACAGAAGCAGCCGAGGCUUUCAGACCAGACAAGACUAUAAUGACUAACGACGUUGACAAAGUUGUAGCUGUUGUAGCGACGGAGGAGGUGAGUAUGUUUUGUGGGGAAGUGGAAGAAGAUGAGGAAGAGUUGAAUAUGGCAGAUAUGUGGAGGAAUAUGGCGCUAAUGUCUCCUACACAUAGUUUUGGGGAUCAUGAGUAUGAACAUAUUAAUGUGGAAGACUUUCAAGAUGAAGAUGAAGAGGUAUCACUAUGGAACUACUAAAUUUGUUGUGUUUGGCUUACUUCUAUUUUUGGAUUGUAGAAUUGAGGAUAUUGUAUUUCCAAGCUUUCUUUUCUUCCUCUUUUAAAUUGAGAAGGAUUUUCUAUUUGUAAUCAAUAAGAAAGCUAUAAUAUGA